UGUCGCUGCUAAGAGUCUGUGCUCCCCCGUUGAAUUUCUGGAUCUUUUGAGCGCUUUAGUUGUUUAGUUGGCAAAAGCCGACGCUUGAGCUUACUAUAAAAAGUGCAACCAUCAAUAGCUUCAACAUCAAAUUCACUUCAAGUGUCUUAAGAAGAACAAUAGCGUCUAAUCAAGCGCCAAGAAACUACAAUCAACUAAUUUUUUGAAAAAAAAAAAUCAAUUAAGCAACAUGAACUUCAACAAAGUCUUCAUCUUAUUGGCUGUCGUGAUCGCCAUUUUCGCCGGACAAACUGAGGCCGGUUGGCUCAAGAAGAUCGGCAAGAAAAUUGAGCGUGUUGGUCAGCAUACCAGAGAUGCCACCAUACAGACCAUCGCUGUGGCUCAACAGGCCGCCAAUGUUGCUGCGACUGCCAGGGGUUAACAACUGACAUAUUUAUGAUGUUCAACUGCUUUAUUUAAUUAAUUAGUGAUAAUUUAUUUAAAUUUCUAUUUAUUCUAACAAUAAAUUAAAUAAAACCGUUUAAAAUCAAAAAUAA